AUGCGCCCGCCACCUUUGAGAAAAAAGCAAGUGAAGGAAAAAGAGUUGAAAAAAGUGAACAUUUAUAGUGCUUUAAGUGGUUUUGGUCAUGGAGGGGACGUUGAAGAUGAGAGCAGCUAUGGGGGUCCAAGUGGAUGGAACUCUGAUCAUGAUUAUAAUAAUGAUUAUUGCUAUCGGAAUUGGCGGAGUUGCAGAAGCUUCUUUGGAAAAGUUGGCGGAGGUUUUGGUAACCAAGGUGAAAGAGGUGGGAUUGACAGUGCAGGAGGAAGCAGUGCGGGAGGAAGCAGUGAAGGUAGAAGGCAAGCAGCUGGAGGAGGAGGAGGUGGUGGUGGAGAAGGUGGAGGUGGUGGAGAAGCAGGUGCUGGAUCUGGGCGUGGUGAAGGCUAUGGAGCUGGUGUAGGACGUAAUGGUGGUGGCGGGGGUGGUGGAGAAGGUGGUGGCGGUGGAGGAGGGAUUAGUGGAGGUUCUGGUCAUGGUAGUGGACAUGGUGGUGGGGGAGGUAUUGGAGGGGGAGAUAAUGCUGGUAAUGGUGGUGGUGGAGGAGGAGGUGGAGAAGGUGGUGGAGGUGGCAAUGCAAGUUUCGGUGAAGGGUUUGGUCAUGGCAGCGGUUUUGGUGCUGGGAUUGAUGUAGGUGGUGCUGGAGGGGGUGGCGGUGGUGGAGGCGGCGAAGGGGGAGGUAGUGGAAGAGCUUCAAAUGGAGGGUAUGGUCAUGGUAGUGGUUUCGGCGCAGGUGGUGGUAUAGGUGAUAAUAAGGGUGGAGGAGGAGGAGGUGGAGGUGGAGGUGGAGAUGGAGGUGGUUUCAGUGAAGGGUAUGGCCAUGGUAGUGGUUAUGGAGCUGGUGGCGGUUUAGGUGGAGUUGGUGGUGGUAUUGGAGGCGGAGGAGGAGGAGGAGGAGGAGGUGGGGGAGGUGGUGGUUCUGUUGGAGGGUCAGGUCAUGGUAGAGGUUAUGGUGGAGGUUUUGGCACAAGCGGUUUCGUCUCAGGAGGAGGUGGUGGAGGUGGUGGAGGCAAUGGUGAAGGAUAUGGACAUGGUGAAGGAGGAGGUUUUGGAGCAGGUGGUGGUGACAAUGGCGCAGGUGGAGGUAUAAGCGGUGGAAGAGGUCACAAUGGCAUUGGCAUGGGAUUUGGGAUGGGCAUUGGGUUUGGUUUUGGUAUAGGAAAUGACGAUGGUGACCAUCCUUGA